UAUGGGUCAAAAUAACCCAUUCAUCUUCCACAACUCCCCUCCUUUGCUCUCUCUGACCUCAAAUCCUUCCCAAACCUCUUAAUAGAAAAAUAAAAAUAAAAAGGCAUCAAAUCAAAUUGUUAUAUUUAAAAAAGAUGCAAUCACGAUUCAAAUCUGUAACAAAAACCUUAAUAAACUCAAACCUUCUGUUAUCAUCAAUCUCAUGUCGAACUACCCGUUAUCAUCAAUCAUCAUUUUCUUCUUCAGCAACAACCACCACCACCAUCCAACACCCACAAACCCUAACGGAGCUCCGUCAACGUUUGGCCAAAGAAUCGCUAACGCUAGACGAUUUCAAAGGUGAUAAUUACUCGGUUGAAGUGGGUACGAAGAAGAACCGGAUCCCGAAACCGAAAUGGAUGAAAGAAGCGGUACCUGGGGGUGAAAGGUAUACACAAAUUAAGAAGAAAUUGAAGGAAAAGAAUCUUCACACGGUCUGCGAAGAAGCGAAAUGCCCGAAUUUGGGAGAGUGUUGGUCUGGUGGUGAAACGGGUACUGCUACUGCUACUAUUAUGAUUCUUGGUGAUACUUGUACUCGAGGUUGCAGAUUCUGCAAUGUAAAGACUUCGCGUACCCCACCUCCUCCUGACCCAAAUGAACCUUCAAAUGUUGCUGAGGCAAUUGCUUCUUGGGGUGUGGAUUAUGUUGUAAUCACCAGUGUUGACCGUGAUGAUUUACCUGAUCAAGGAAGUGGUCAUUUUGCUGAAACAGUUCAGAAAUUGAAGAUACGGAAACCUGCGAUUCUCAUAGAAGCCUUGGUUCCUGAUUUCCGGGGAGAUUUGUUGUGUGUGGAGAAAGUGGCAAAAUCUGGAUUGGAUGUAUUUGCUCACAACAUUGAAACAGUUGAAGAGCUACAGAGAUCAGUACGUGAUCACCGUGCUAAUUUUAAGCAGUCACUUGAGGUCCUAAUGAGGGCAAAAGACUAUGCUCCAGCUGGGACACUUACAAAGACGUCAAUAAUGUUGGGUUGUGGUGAAACACCAGAUCAAGUGGUGAAUACAAUGGAGAAGGUAAGGGCAGCAGGUGUUGAUGUGAUGACAUUUGGCCAGUACAUGAGGCCUUCAAACCGCCAUAUGCCAGUUUAUGAAUAUGUAACACCAGAAGCUUUUGAGAAAUAUCGAUUACUCGGCAUGGAGAUGGGAUUUCGAUAUGUGGCAUCGGGUCCUAUGGUACGAUCGUCAUACAAAGCAGGAGAGUAUUACAUCAAAUCAAUGAUAGAAAGAGACCGUGCUGCUUCUGCUUAAUGACUUUAUCUCAUUGAUUACAAGGUUUUGUGCGAUUUGAUAAGCUUUGAUUCCUAAGGGACGCUGUGAACUAGAAAAUGUAACUGGUCAGACAUUCUUGCUUCUCAACUGCGAGAUUUUCAAAUAUUAUUGGCAAUACAUGCUAUACCUCACCAAUUGUAAUCGUAAUUACGUGUAAUCUUACAGUGAUGCUUCUUCACCCCUAUUAAAUUGAUCAAUGUACAUGUUCUUUAUUAAA